CCAUACUGCAUCCGGACACAAAAAGAGAAGCGACCCCAAGACCAGCGCGAGGCGCCCACCGGCACCAUGACCGAGACCACCAAGACCCACGUUAUCUUGCUCGCCUGCGGCAGCUUCAACCCCAUCACCAAAGGACACAUUCAGAUGUUCGAAAGAGCCAGAGAUUAUCUGCACAAAACCGGGAGGUUUAUCGUGAUCGGUGGGAUCAUCUCUCCGGUCCAUGACUCCUACGGAAAACAGGGCCUCGUGUCGAGCCGGCAUCGUCUCGUCAUGUGUCAGCUGGCCGUCCAGAAUUCCGAUUGGAUCAGGGUGGACCCGUGGGAGUGCUACCAGGACACCUGGCAGACGACGUGCAGCGUGCUGGAGCACCACCGGGACCUCAUGAAGCGGGUGACUGGCUGCAUCCUCUCCAAUGUCAACACACCCUCCAUGACGCCCGUGAUCGGACAGCCCCAAAAUGACAACCCCCAGCCUAUUUACCAGAACAACAAUGUGCCCGCCAAGCCCACGGCAGCCAAGAUCUUGGGGAAGGUGGGAGAAAGCCUAAGCCGGAUCUGCUGUGUUCGCCCGCCCGUGGAGCGCUUCACCUUUGUGGAUGAGAACGCCAACCUGGGCACGGUGAUGCGGUACGAGGAGAUCGAGCUGCGGAUUUUGCUGCUGUGCGGCAGCGACCUGCUGGAGUCCUUCUGCAUCCCAGGGCUCUGGAACGAGGCAGAUAUGGAGGUGAUUGUUGGGGACUUUGGGAUCGUGGUGGUGCCCCGGGACGCAGCCGACACAGACCGAAUCAUGAAUCACUCCUCAAUACUCCGCAAAUACAAAAACAACAUCCUGGUGGUGAAGGAUGACGUCAACCACCCCAUGUCUGUCGUCAGCUCAACCAAGAGCAGGCUGGCCCUGCAGCACGGGGACGGCCACGUGGUGGACUACCUGUCUCAGCCGGUCAUCGACUACAUUCUCAAGAGCCAGCUGUACAUCAACGCCUCGGGCUAGCGGCCGCACCGCCCUCUGCUCCACUCUCCCCUUGUCCUCCGCCCACACACUGGCCCCUCCGGUCUCUGUCAGUCCCCUGUUUCUCUCCUGCCUCUCUGUUCCUCCAUCUCCUCAUCUUGACUGUUUUCCCCCUCCACCCCCCACAGUGUAGGGACCCGCAGAGCACCACGGCGUCCCUUAUUCCAGUCAUCUUUGGACAAACUUUCCUCUAG